AGAAUUCUGUAUUCCAUUUUAGUAUCGAUUGUCUUCAAAUUUCAAUACCAGCCAACGACCCACAUUUCAGGGGGCGUCAACGUUGUAUGUCCUUCUCAAGGUCAAUGCCAGCAGAGUCUUUUGAUGGCUGUGCACCAGGUCAUCGGGAGCAGGUCAAUCGUCUGACGUCAUAUAUCGAUGCUGGAAACGUUUACGGCAACAGUCUAUCAUCGCAUGCUUUACUGAACGCUCCCAACGGCUGUUUGAAUACUACAAAGUACAAUUUAUUACCUCCUGGGGGUGUUUGCAAGAUCCUUAGCAACGACAGAGACCACUGUCCCAGGGCAGGGGAUGAGAGGGUGAGUGAGAAUCCGUCCCUUGGAGGAAUGCACGUCAUAUGGGUGAGACAACACAACAAAAUCGCCCAGCAUCUGGCAAAAACUACGUCAUGGUCUUCCUACAAAAUAUUUCAAGAAACCAGAAAAGUUAUAGGCGCCAUAAUGCAGCACAUCACUUAUGGAGAGUACUUACCCAAAAUAUUGUCACCAAGGACCAUGGCAAGACGCAGCCUUUAUUUAAGGACCUCUGGUUAUGAGGCUCGGUACGAUCAGGAAACUGACCCCUCUGUCAAAAAUGUGUUUGCAGCGGCUGCUUUCAGAUUCGGACAUUCACAGAUUCCCCCACAGUUAGGGUAUCUGUUCAAGGACAUGACCAGUCGCUCCUUUAAGCUGGAGGACACCCUGAUGGACCCUCAUCUUGUGGUGACCCAGAAUGGUGUAUAUCUCCCAGACCUGGUCCGGUUUGUCCUACAGAAUAACUCCAGACUCGUAGACAGGCAAAUUGAAUCAGCUGUUCGAAAUACACUGUUUGUUGAUUUUAAAGGCGAGAGUUUUGAUCUGCCUGCCUUAAAUUUACAAAGGGGGCGUGACCACGGACUGCCGCCUUACACGGCCUGGAGAAAACAUUGUGGUUUGAUUGUACCUAAGUCAUUUGGGCAACUGGUGGACCAUGACGUCCAAACCAGAGAAAAACUCUCCAAUGUGUACGAAUUAGUAUCUGACAUUGAUGUAUUUGCUGGAGGAAUUUCAGAACUGCCAGAGGAGGGCAGCGUUUUAGGACCGUUAUUUAACUGCUUACUUGGAAAACAGUUUCACGAUCUGAAGUUUGGUGACAGGUACUGGUUCGAAAAUCCGGGAGUAGGGGGAUUCACUCCAGAACAGCUACAGGCCAUUCGCAGCGUAACAUUGGCUUCUGUAAUUUGUAAUACUCUCGACAUCGACAAAGUUCAGAAGGACGCCUUUGAAGUACCACAUAAGGGAAAUCCACUCAUUGCGUGUGAAAAAAUUCCAAAAUUGAAUUUAGAAUCAUGGAAGAAAUAAAAAUCAUACAUGGCCAGA